GAGCGAGGUCGCGAGGGAGCGCGUUACCCGGCAUGCAGCGGGAGGCGCGUUCGCACCAAGAUGGCGGCGCCUCUGGAGGAGUACGAGAAAGAAGCGGGCUGCGUCCCUAUCCUGCACCCUGAGGAAAUCAAGCCCCAAGCACAUUAUACCCAUGGAUACAGUGAAUCUCUUGGGCGCAAAAGUCACAUUGAUGAUUAUAGCACAUGGGAUAUCGUCAAAGCUACACAGUAUGGAAUUUAUGAACGUUGUCGAGAGUUGGUGGAAGCGGGCUACGAUGUACGGCAACCAGAUAAAGAAAAUGUUACACUUCUUCACUGGGCUGCAAUCAACAAUAGAUUAGAUUUAGUGAAGUACUACAUAUCAAAAGGUGCUAUUGUUGACCAGCUAGGAGGGGACCUGAACUCCACACCACUUCACUGGGCAACAAGACAGGGUCAUUUAUCAAUGGUUGUACAGCUAAUGAAAUAUGGUGCAGAUCCAUCAUUAAUUGAUGGGGAAGGAUGUAGUUGUAUUCACUUGGCAGCUCAGUUUGGACAUACCUCGAUAGUUGCUUAUUUAAUAGCCAAGGGGCAGGAUGUAGAUAUGAUGGAUCAAAAUGGAAUGACUCCUUUGAUGUGGGCAGCUUAUAGAACACACAGUGUGGACCCCACUCGGUUGCUACUUACUUUUAACGUUUCAGUGAAUCUGGGAGACAAAUAUCAUAAGAACACAGCACUACAUUGGGCAGUGCUAGCAGGAAAUACCACAGUGAUUAGUCUUCUUCUAGAAGCUGGAGCAAAUGUUGAUGCCCAAAAUAUCAAGGGUGAAUCACCACUUGAUUUAGCAAAGCAAAGAAAAAAUGUUUGGAUGAUAAAUCAUCUACAGGAGGCAAGGCAGGCAAAGGGGUAUGACAAUCCAUCAUUUCUCAGAAAGCUGAGGGCUGAUAAGGAAUUUCGUCAGAAAGUGAUGCUGGGAACACCUUUCCUAGUUAUUUGGCUAGUUGGGUUUAUAGCCGACCUUGAUAUUGAUUCUUGGCUCAUUAAAGGACUAAUGUAUGGUGGUGUUUGGGCUAUGGUUCAAUUUCUUUCCAAAUCAUUCUUUGAUCACUCAAUGCAUAGUGCAUUGCCCCUUGGAAUCUACCUAGCAACAAAAUUCUGGAUGUAUGUGACAUGGUUUUUCUGGUUUUGGAACGAUCUAAAUUUUGUGUUCAUCCACCUUCCAUUUCUUGCUAAUAGUGUUGCACUUUUCUACAAUUUUGGGAAAUCUUGGAAAUCAGACCCAGGAAUAAUUAAAGCCACAGAAGAACAAAAGAAAAAGACAAUAGUGGAACUUGCAGAGACAGGAAGUCUGGACCUUAGUAUAUUCUGCAGUACCUGUUUGGUAAUACGGAAACCGGUGAGGUCCAAACACUGUGGUGUGUGCAAUCGAUGUAUAGCCAAGUUUGAUCAUCACUGCCCCUGGGUUGGUAACUGCGUAGGAGCUGGCAACCAUCGUUACUUCAUGGGCUAUCUAUUCUUUUUACUAUUCAUGAUUUGCUGGAUGAUUUAUGGGUGUAUCUCUUAUUGGGGAAUCCACUGUCACACUACUUACACAGCAGAUGGAUUUUGGACAUAUAUUACACAAAUCGCCACCUGUUCACCUUGGAUGUUCUGGAUGUUUUUGAAUAGCGUGUUUCACUUCAUGUGGGUGGCUGUGCUGCUAAUGUGUCAGAUGUAUCAGAUCUCUUGUUUAGGUAUUACUACAAAUGAAAGGAUGAAUGCAAGACGAUAUAAGCACUUUAAAGUUACGACAACAUCUAUCGAAAGCCCAUUUAACCAUGGAUGCAUAAGAAACAUUAUAGACUUCUUUGAAUUCAGAUGCUGCGGUCUUUUUCGUCCUGUUAUUGUGGACUGGACAAGGCAGUAUACAAUAGAAUAUGACCAAACAACUGGAAGUGGCUACCAGCUAGUGUAACACCCACCUCCAAACCUGUGAGCAUAUCGUAUCUGAGUGGUGCCUGAAAAUUUGUUUCUCUCAAAUCCACAUCCCUUGAACAGUAGCAUGCUAUGAAUAGAGCUAACAGUGAAUCUAAUGGUACCUUCUCUACAUCAGUUUUAUUAACAGAUGUAAUCAAAGGACAGAAUAAACUGCCAAUCCUGACAAUGAGGAGGAAGAUAAGAAAGGGAUUUUAACUGUCCUUACCGUGGGAAUGAUUCACAAAGACAUAUUCACGCCAUUUUCUUUCCUUUUAACUGCUUUCACAAUGGAGCAUGAGAUUGUUAAAAUACAAACAUACUAAAGUCAUGCUGUGCUGAACAUGAAAUAUUUAUUUCAUAAUUUGAACAAUUUCAUUGGAAUUAAAGUCAAAUUUUACAAAGCAGCCAGACUUUGAGAUCAAUGUAUUAUAUUUCCUGUAAUGGAAUUUUUGUACAGAUUUGCUAUAGUAUUAUGUGCAUUGAAAAUGUGCAUUCAGUACUCCGAAGAAUCAUGUGGUCUUAUUGGGCAUCUACCAUAAAGCGUGAAGUUGUUGGAAGCAGGACGCAGAAGGAUGUUAGUCACGAAACUGUUACGUAAAUGUAAUGGCUGUUGGCUGUUAAAGCUGUCUUGUUUCCGAUAUAUUGAGUUACUCGUAAUAAGCCUUGUGUGAAGAUGUAUAUUCGGGGAGGGUGGGUGAAGUUGCACAAAAUUACAUCUCUCUCGUCCAGUAUAAAGCCCUACUUAGGUGCAUGAUACGACUUUUGAAAAUUAGACCACAAAACAAAAUAUAGCAUAAUAAUCUGCAAAAACUAAAUAAAUACGUAUAAUAUAUGCAGUCAGUGAAAUGCUGGUACCUAAGUAGUAGGUACAGUUCUGCAUGAGGUAGUCUACAGUCAUUGGAGCGUUGGAAGAUGUGCAAAGUCAUGUAGGUGGAACCAAAGAGUGAAAGGGCCAACUCUCAGUAAUAGGAGAGCGGGGAAGGAUAUGACUGCAGUUAAAUUGAAUGUGGCUGCUGGAGAAGUAAAAACUGAUUAACAAAUAACUCUUUUGCUUUACAUAAAAUGAUGGAAUUCAAGCUAAAGAAAGUUAUAAUUCCUUUGUAGCAGAUUUAAGUGG